AUGGCAGUGACCUGGGAGGAGUAUUUCCGCCUGGUCUUCAGCGAGAAAGUGCAACCGAAGCCACUGGAGCAGACUGGGGAUGACAGUUCGGUCUUGCAGCUUAUAUUGGAGAAGAAGGAAGAGUUAGCAGUUGCGGACCUGGGUUUGCAGGCCCAGAAGAAGGAAUACCGCAGCACGAUAGAGUCCGUGAACCAGCGCUGGAGAGAGCUGGAGCAGAAAGGACAGGAGCUACAGGGCUCCGUCAUCUCCUAUGACAAAUUCCUGAAGGAAGUUGAGGCCCGGCGUGCAGCGCGGAAAGCCAUAGAGGAGCGGAAGAUAACGGGCAACCUGGACGCCGAGUUGAGGCGGCUGCGUACACAGCUGAAGGAGCUGCGGCUGCAACGCGCGCGGCUGCAGCGGAAAGUGCAGCGUCUGGAGCCCUGCGCGCGAAUACUGAAGCGAGCCCUGGAAAAGCGGCCUGUGUUUGAGGAGGUUUCUGACCUGGUGGCGCGCUUCGAGACCCUGGUAAGCACAAAGGCAGCACUGAAGCUGGAGGAACAAAAACGACUGGUGGAGAUGGAGUCGACCCGUGCGCAGCUGCUUAGUUUGCAGAGUGAGAAGCAGGAUGAGAUGCUGAAUCUGAACCAGCAACGGACGCAACUGGUGGAGCAGUUGGAGGCGGCGCGCGAGCACAGACAGCAGUGGGAAUCUAAGUGGACUGAAAUUCUGAACUCAGCAUCGGAAAAGACGCUGCUCCUGGGACGUGCUAGGAUGGCUGUGCUCAACCUGUAUCAUCUUGUUCGCCUGCAACAGGGUCGGAGGCAAACCCUGGAUGUGAGGGACGUGGAGGGGCAGCUGGAGGAGGUGAAGCGGUUUAUCAUGAACAUCUCAGCCACACUGGCCAAACUUGCCCUGGCUCAGCCUACAGCUACUGCUUCCUAA